GCAGCCGCCUCAUGAACUAAUCCUCCACCGCACUUUUUCUUCACAAACUGUUCGGCUCUUGUCGUUCCAGUUUCGGGCUGAUUAUCCGGCAGCACUCAGGAGGAUUAACAACGUGGACAUAGGAGGGAUGGAGCCCUCCCGUUAAAGUUAAAAUCACGACAGAAGCUGAGUGUGUGAGUGUGUGUCUGUCUCUGUGUCUGCGGGCUCCUCCGGUGCUCUUACCGUGCUGAGCGAGCGGCUGUCCCCGCCUUUGAGGCCAUGGGCUGCGGCUUGCGGAAACUGGAAGACCCGGAGGACAGCAGCCCCGGGAAGAUCUACUCCACCUUGAAGAGACCACAAGUGGAGACCAAAACAGACACUGUGUACGAGUAUGUGCUGCUCGACUUCAGUUUGGAAGGUAGCCGUCCCACGGUGCAGUAUGUGGCUUCGCUGUCUGAGCUGCCCCAAGCCCUGCAGCCCUACUACACACAAGGCUACGUCCUGACCGCCCUGCACCCCAUCAUCUUGUCUGUGGGACGCACCCGCUCACUGCCCUUCAGCCUGCUCUACCGUGCCAUCCUGGCCCGUCCCAGACCCAGUAAGCAGACGGCGUCCAUGUGUCACAGCGUGCCGGUGUUGAGGGUGGAGGAGUGGCCGUUACCUGGAGAUUCACUGACUGGUGACACUGUCAGAGCGCUCAUCGACAGGGUGAACAGCAGCGCUCGGGGCGGCGUUCGAUUCGUCGGCUCCGUCCUCCAGCAGGUGAGCGGGAUCAGCAACGGCAGGGUGCACAGUCCGAAGAGGGGCUGUCGCUCCCCUCCUCAAACCCCUCCCCGCACCCCGCCUGGAGAAAGAGAGCUGGAGGAGAACACCUACAGCCCCGAUCUGAGGUUGCUGGUUUUCUUCCACUCCUGGGCUCCGGGCUGCGCUCCUCUGGACUCGUUGGCCUGUCAGUACCAUCAGGGGGCACUCUCCAUGCGCGUCUCCAGGAAGGGCCAGGUGGUCAGUUCCCUGGAGGCCGACUGGCUGGAGUUGACUGCCGCUUACUACCGCAAAGGCUGGUCCCUGGUGGACUCCUUUGUGUACUGGGACACUCCGAGAGGCGAGCCGGUGCCAAGGUCGCUGGAGGGAUUGUUUGUCUAUGAAGAGAGAAGCACCUCUCCUCCCGCCAACGACACCAUCGUCGUAGAGCAGUGGACGGUCAUCGAGGGAUCCAAUGUAAAAACAGACUACGGACCCCUCCUUCACACUCUGGCUGAGUUUGGAUGGCUGCUCACCUGUGUGCUGCCCACGCCCAUCAUCCGACACGACAGUGAUGGUAACCUGGCCACCAAGCAGGUUGUGUUUCUCCAGAGGCCCGUCAGAAAUCAGGCAGCGGCUCAACCGAGGAACAAGUCUCACUCCGUGCACAGCGACGUGUCCAGCCGCUCCGUGAGCCGUGCGGUCAGCAGCUCCGUCCCUCCAGAGGAGCUCUCUCCCUCUGCCGGAGGCAUCGGGGGCUUCCCGGUGUUCGGAGGGGGUUACCCCAGCACCCUGUCCCACCUUGAGGAAGGCGGCUUUGAGCAGGAAGAGGGGAAGGCCGAGGUCACGUGCAUGUGAGCAGGGAAAACCGGACGGAUGCAAGCUUUCUCUCGGGACUGAAGUUCAGGAUGUAGACAUUGUUAGAAUACUGGGGGAGAGUAUCUGAGUGAAGACCCUGCCCUGCGUGUUCCUCCUCACAGCGGGACGGCAGACUCUGUCAUUCGCCAUCAUGUUCACAACCUCUUUUCUUUUUUUUUAACAGAGACUUUAAUGUAGAAGAACUCAGCACUUUUUCAUGUUUUUAAUGAAGCCAUUAUGAGAAUGAGGUAUUAUUUACAGGCGGAUCUGUGUUCAAACUUUUAUAUAGAUGUAUCGGGGAGAGAAACAAGUCCACAGUGGACAUUUUACACAUAUUUAAAUGCAUAUUUUUAGGUGAUUACCAACUUUUCAUCAGAACAGGUGCUCAUGGGAAACGGUUACAGCAAUAUAAAGCACAAGCACACAUUUCUGCACUGUUGAUAGAAUUAUUUUUUGAAACACCCACCCUAAAAUUUAAUUUCCUCACAGAUUGAGAAAAGCCACCUUCACUUCUCCUCAAGCCUUUUCUUGAUCCUUUUAACAUGUUCCUCUACGUCUUUUUAACUCGCCUUCAGUCGGUGCUUUGUCCUCACAGCUCUUCCUCUCGUCUAUAGACUGAGGUAGGAUGUGAAUAUCAAUCAGGGAGGCUGUCAUCGUUUUCGGUGAAGGUGCUGACUGACCAGAGGAGUACAUUUGUCCACAUACAGUAUUGUUGUAAAAUGAAGAUGUCAUUUGCAACAUUUAGUUUCGAUUAUCUUUUUAAAACAUAUGAACGCAACUGAGUUCAGGCCUGUCUAGUCUGAUUGGCGCCAUAUCACGAUCAUUCUGGAAAUGAUUACAGCUUAUCAUGCACAUGUCUGACAGUAUUUAAUAUUUGAGUGUACAUGUCAAAGCUGCAAAUUGCUGCUGAGUGUUUGAUUGCUUAUAUAAGGUACUGGCAACCCGCCUGUAAUGAACAGUGUUUUAUCUUGAAGAUGACGACAGUAUUUUAUAAUGCAGAGAAAGGGAAACGGUGCUGUUUUUGUCGUAGAUGGUUAGUAUUUGUAACUGUAAAAACCUGGAUUUCAACUCUUUAUGCAUGUAAACAUUCCUUUUUUUUCUGGAGGGGGGAUCGAAUGUACAAAUAUAAUUUAGGUAUUCCAUUGUUUCUGAGUCCUACAUGUUUUGAAAUCCCAUCAGGGUUUUUUUCUAAAUAUCAGUAUUAAUAUUCCAGUCUUUCCUUUUUGGAGAUUUGUACAAUUUGCUGUUUGGU